GCUGAUAUUGUGGUUAUGGAAACUGAACCUUCUACAGACAAUGAGACACAAAGUUCAGAAAACCAGUAUGGUGAAUGUACAAAUGAAUUAAUUGCUAAAUCCACCAACAUAGAAAAAGAAGCACCAAUAGAGACAUGCAGUAACUCAAUUGGAAAUGAAUGUAGUAUAAAUUUAGUUGCUGCUGAUGUUGUGGUUAUGGAAACUGAAACUUCUACAGAGUUUAUAGAUAACCAAUAUGAUGAAUUAAUAGCUAUAUCUACCAACAAAGAUCUAGAAUCACCAAUUGAGACUCAUAAGAACACUUUUGGAAAUGAAUUAUCGAAAUUUGGAAGUGAUCCAGUGAUAUUCAGUUCUAUUCAAACUCAAAGCCUGAGCCCUGAAAUACUGGAUUAUUUAUUUAAAUGUGGACCGAUGCAACCAUCAUCUAGUGAAAUGCCCAAAAACUGUUUUCCAAAAGAUUCUCAUGGGAGAUCGUUCCACGAUAACUGGUUUUGGAAAAAAUUACUUACUGGAGAAUUAAUUCGAAGAAAGUGGAUGUCAUAUUCAAAAAUUCAAAAUCGACUGUAUUGUCUUAAUUGUGCGCUAUUUGGAAUAAAUAGAAAAUGUCAUUGGGUGUGUGAUGGGUUUGCAGAAUGGAAAAAUGGCCCUAUUAAAAUUACGAGACAUGAAAUAACCGAAAAUCAUGUAUUUGCUUCAAUUAAAGCAUCAUAUAAGGAAGCUUCUUUUCCACUUUUACCUUCGUUAAAAGAAAAUGAAAUGAAAAAAAUAGUACAGAACAAGGAGGUUAUCAGACAUUUAAUUGACAUAGUGUUGUAUUUGGGAAGACACUGUUUACCUUUUAGAGGUCAUAGAGAGGGUUGGAAAGAUGAUGUUCGUGGAAAUUUUAAAGAUUUAGCUAUCUUAUUGGCAAAGUAUUCACCUCCAUUAUCAUGUCAUUUAACUGAAGUCCAAAUUAGGGGAAAACAUACACAAAAUUUUAUAUCAUGGAAUCGACAAAAUCAGUUGAUAUUAGCUAUUGCAACUAAUAUUCGUAAUACAAUAAAAAAUGAAAUUUUGAAUGCAAAAUUUUUUUCUCUAUCUUUAGAUACCACAUUUGACGUGUCAAGAAAAGAGCAAUUGUCGCUAGUUAUUCGGUAUAUAAAUAAAAGUAACGGUGUAGUUGAUGAACGGUUAAUAGCUGUUAGAGAAACAUUAAUGACUACUGAUCAACAUUUAUUUACAGUUCUUGAUGAUAUAUGUAAAGAUAUGUGUUUAGAUUGGAAAACUUAUCUAAUUGGGCAAUCUUAUGAUGGUGCUGCCUCAAUGAGAGGUGCAUACAAUGACUUACAAGCUAUUGUAAAAGAGCAUAAUUCAUCAGCUACAUACGUUUGGUGUUGGGCACACAAAUUUAAUUUGGUUAUAGUCGAUGCUGUAAGUUCCUGUUCACAAGCUAGAGACUUAUUUGGUACAUUGGAAACACUUUAUGAUUAUAUAGGCAGUAGUAAGAAGCGAGUAGGACUUUACUCGGCGUCCCAAAGAAAAAUAUAUCCUAGAAAGCCACUGCGAAGACUAAAAAGAGUAGAUACUACCCGAUGGACAUCACACUCAGCUGCUCUUUGUACGGUUUUCGAUACAUAUGAUUCAAUCAUUGAUACAUUAGAGGAUUUACAACACGAUUUUGAUCGUAUAUCGAGUGUCAAAGCUAGUAGCUUGAUAAAUUAUUUAUUGUCCGAGCGUGUUAAUAUUAAUUUGUUGGGUGCUAGUGAGUACGUAAAAUUGAUAUUAGAAAAAAUUCAUACAUUCAGAAGAUAA